CGCGACACCAAGACCACACCUAGACAUGGUUGACCUUUAUUAACUUGCUGUGAACCAGCUGGCCGUGGAGACAAGCCAUGUUAUGAGGGGGAGCCACUCCCAUGAGACUGCUGCUUUUGUCAGGAGUGUUCGUAGACAGGGUAGUCUAGCCUUUUCUCUGUUUGGCUGCCUCUUGGCUCAUGGGGAGCUACGUAACAACAAACUCAACCUGUGGAAUCUGAGCCACACACGCACCUCCGUGAGGACACUAGAAUUCAUCAAGCGUCAGGCCCAGCAGCCAGACAUGGUUCAACACCUCACCCUGCAGUCUAGGACCUGAGGCCAUCAACUACAUCCCCUGUCCCAUACAUCUACAGUGCCUUCAGAAUGUUUUCACACCCCUUGACUUUAGCAUUUUGUGAUACAGCCUGAAUUUUAAAAUGAUUACAUUUGGAUUAUUUUGUCACUGGCCUACACACAAUACCCCAUAAUGUCAAAAUGGAAUUGUUAUUCAAAAUGUUUACAAAUGUAUAAAAAAUAUAAAGCUGAAAAGUAUUAAGUCAAUAAGCAUUC